AUGUCUGCAGCACCCAGUCUCUGUAUAGGGACAUGCAAAGGGUGGGAUACAUCUCUCUGUGGGGUAGUCUCUGCCCUCUGGGAGGGUAGGGAAGUCCAUUGUAAUUUGAUCGAGAACGGGUUCAAUUCUGAUGUCAUUGUGCAGAGCGCUCUGAACCGCCAUGAGACUGCUCUGAUCGCAGGUUAUGUCCAAAACGGGUUACUGGCAAGCGGUUUGGCUGUUGUGCUUGAGAUGUUUGGUCCAGCCGAAUGCAAUUACUUUGCUAAUCUUGGGCCGCUUGGACUGGGAGAUGGUUACAUGAGCUCGCAGUUCAGAAGGGCUGGGAGGGUCGGUUCAGAAGAGUGUCGUGUCGUCUCUUCAACUUCAAUGGUAGGGGCCUGUGCAUCGAGUGGGCUUGGGCCUGCUGCACUGGAUCUCUUCUCGAGAAUGAAGGAGGAGGGAGUAAGCUUGAACAGCUCGAUCUUCACGGCCAUUUUAACUGCUUGUAGGCAUGCUGGUCUGGUAGAAGAAGGGAGGAAGCACUUCGAAAGCAUGAUGAAGGAUUACUCGAUCAUUACUGAUGUUGAAUAG